AUGGGCCGCGGGGCCGCCCCGCUCCGCUGCUCGCUGCUGUUGCUGCUACUUCUGCUUACCGCGGGGACGGGCGGAGGGGGAAUCGCCUUAACGGUGCGGGAACCGGAGACGGCGGAGGAGCUGAUGGAGUACCGCGACCCUUGUAAAGCCGCUGCCUUUUGGGGAGAUAUCGCCUUAGAUGAAGAUGAUCUGAAGCUGUUUCAAAUAGACAGAACUGUUGACUUAACAAAGCACUCAGAUGGCAACACAAGACACACUUCAGGAGGCCUGGGAGAACAGUCUCUUAUGUCAAGUGAGAACACCACUGCAACCGAUUGUAGUAACAAAGCAGUUAAAAAGGAGGGCAGGCAGAACACAACGCUUGCAAGGAGGCCGAGGAGGAAGGAAUAUAAAGAUGAGUCUGGGAUGGACGCACGUUCCUCUCCCAGAGUGCGCAGGGCAACCACGUCCAGGGCUGAGAGGAUCUGGCCUGGGGGAGUCAUUCCAUAUGUGAUCGGAGGAAAUUUCACCGGAACCCAAAGAGCUAUCUUUAAGCAAGCGAUGAGGCACUGGGAGAAGCACACUUGUGUGACAUUUGUGGAGAGAACCGAUGAAGAGAGUUUCAUUGUGUUCACAUACAGAACAUGUGGAUGUUGCUCAUAUGUGGGUCGCCGAGGAGGGGGCCCUCAGGCUAUAUCCAUUGGAAAGAACUGUGACAAGUUUGGUAUUGUGGCUCAUGAGCUGGGUCAUGUGGUGGGUUUCUGGCAUGAGCACACACGGCCUGACAGGGACCAGCAUGUCACGAUUAUCAGAGAGAACAUACAGCAAGGACAGGAAUACAACUUUUUAAAGAUGGAAGCUGGGGAAGUGAACUCACUGGGAGAGACCUAUGACUUCGACAGCAUCAUGCAUUAUGCUAGGAACACAUUCUCCAGAGGGGUUUUUCUCGACACCAUCCUUCCCCGUCGUGACGAUAACGGGGUCCGGCCAACUAUUGGUCAGCGUAUUCGCCUGAGUCAGGGAGACAUUGCUCAAGCGAGGAAGUUGUACAAAUGCCCAGCUUGUGGAGAGACUUUGCAGGACUCAACAGGGAAUUUUUCAGCCCCUGGCUUUCCAAAUGGCUACCCGUCCUAUUCCCACUGUGUCUGGAGGAUCUCAGUGACCCCAGGGGAGAAGAUUAUGUUAAACUUCACAUCAAUGGACCUAUUUAAAAGUCGCCUUUGCUGGUAUGAUUAUGUGGAGGUGCGUGAUGGCUACUGGAGGAAGGCUCCAUUGCUGGGUAGAUUUUGUGGUGACAAGAUCCCUGAACCAGUAAUUUCCACGGACAGCAGGCUGUGGAUCGAGUUCCGGAGCAGCAGUAACAUCCUGGGCAAAGGCUUCUUUGUGGUCUACGAAGCUAUUUGUGGUGGAGAAAUUCACAAAGAUGCUGGCCAGAUCCAAUCACCCAAUUACCCAGAUGACUACAGACCUUCCAAAGAGUGCAUCUGGAAGAUCACUGUUUCUGAGGGGUUUCACAUAGGAAUCACAUUCCAAGCCUUUGAGAUUGAAUGGCACGAUGCAUGUUCUUAUGACUACCUGGAGAUCCGAGACGGUCUAACUGAAUAUAGCCCACUGCUUGGUCACUUCUGUGGCUAUGAUAAGCCAGAAGAUAUCAAAUCCAGUUCAAAUAAAGUAUGGAUGAAGUUUGCAUCUGAUGCAACCAUCAAUAAAGCAGGCUUUGCAGCAAAUUUCUUUAAAGAGAUGGAUGAAUGUUCUCUGCCAGACAAUGGUGGGUGUGAGCAGCACUGUGAGAACACACUGGGCAGUUACAAAUGCACCUGUGAGCCUGGCUAUGAGUUGACAGCUGAUAAAAAGAGCUGUGAAGCUGCGUGUGGGGGCUUCAUCACCAAGCUCAAUGGGACCAUUACUAGCCCUGGAUGGCCCAAGGAAUAUCCUACUAAUAAAAACUGCGUCUGGCAGGUGGUAGCUCCAACCCAGUACCGGAUCUCUCUGCAGUUCGAAGUGUUUGAGCUGGAAGGCAAUGAUGUCUGUAAAUACGACUACGUUGAGGUUCGUAGUGGGUUGGCUUCUGACUCCAAGCUGCAUGGCAAAUUCUGCGGCUCAGAGAAGCCCGAAGUAAUCACAUCAUAUGGCAACAACAUGAGACUGGAGUUCAAGUCAGACAACACGGUCUCCAAGAAAGGCUUUAAAGUUCACUACUUCUCUGACAAGGACGAAUGUUCCAAAGACAAUGGUGGUUGCCAGCAUGAAUGUGUCAACACCUUUGGUAGCUACAUAUGCCAGUGCAGAAAUGGGUUCAUGCUGCAUGAAAAUGGCCAUGACUGUAAAGAAGCUGGUUGUGAGCACAAGCUGAGUGGUGCAGAGGGAGUGAUGAGCAGUCCAAAUUGGCCUGACAAGUAUCCCAGCCGGAAGGAGUGCACCUGGGACAUCUCUGCAACACCUGGCCACAGAGUGAAAGUAACCUUCAAUGAGUUUGAGAUUGAACAGCACCAAGAAUGCGCCUAUGACCACUUAGAAAUGUAUGAUGGGCCCAACAGCAAAUCACCUGUCCUUGGCCGUUUUUGUGGCAGCAAGAAGCCAGACCCUGUAGUGGCUUCUACCAACAAGAUGUUCCUCAGGUUUUACUCUGAUGCUUCUGUGCAAAGAAAAGGUUUCCAAGCAAAGCACAGCACAGAAUGUGGUGGGCUCUUAAAGGCUGAAGUACGAACUAAGGAGCUAUAUUCCCAUGCUCAAUUUGGGGACAACAACUAUCCAGGUCAAACCAACUGUGACUGGGUGAUUGUAGCUGAAGAUGGCUAUGGGGUGGAGCUGAUAUUCCAGAUAUUUGAGAUCGAAGAGGAGGCUGACUGUGGGUACGACUACAUGGAAAUUUAUGAUGGUUACGACAGCACUGCACCUCGCCUGGGACGCUUCUGUGGCUCAGGGCCUCUGGAAGAAAUCUACUCUGCUGGGGACUCCAUCAUGAUUCGAUUUCACACAGAUGACACCAUCAACAAGAAAGGCUUUCAUGCCCAAUACAUAAGUACCAAAUUUCAGGAUGCAUUGCACAUGAGAAAGUAGUUUAACUGCUCCUCACAGACAUUCCCUGUCUGAAGAUUGAGGCAUUUAACUGUGAUCUUUGGUGUUUUUUUUUUUCCUUUGAAGCUUCUGUGCACCUGGCCAAAAGCAGUGUACAGUAUUUUCUGUAACUAAAACUAAAUCCAGUCUCAAAGGUUUGCCUCUGCAAUUAUUAGUAUGACCCUUUCUUGUUAACAUACCCAGGACCAAAAAUUGUCUUGUAAUCAUACCUGUCAGGGCAUAAACAUUGUAUUUUGCACAGCUUGCCAUGGGGCUGAGUGAAGACUGAGCUUGAACUGAGAAAACCCUUUGUCUCUUGCAUAUCCUGUUUCUAGGUAACAUUUCCUAAGCAUCCUGUACACAUGAGCUGUCUCAACAUAUUUUCUGGAGCAGGUGAUGUGGACAGCCACACAGUAGGAAUUUCUCAAAGGAGUAUGUAAGCUGCCUACUCUCCCCUACCAGCCCAAAAUACUCUGUGCAAUAAGUGAGCAACGAGAUGGCUUGAACUCCGUCACUGCUUCUGUUCUGUCUAUUUAUUGUCUUGGUUAUUGUGGGUUGAGAGCUAGGCAGGGGCACAGGAACAGUCUCCUUAAGGCUGCUAACUACUUGGAUCACAGUGAAUGAGAAGAGCCCAAUGCCUGAAUUGCAGUAAUUGUCAUAGUAUAUGUUGAGUGGAAGUACUUCAAUGCAGUGUCCAAGGGAAAGGUGGUAGCUGACAGAAAAGUGCUGUGAUGGGGUACAAGGCAUGAUUGUGUGACUGUGGCAAAGCUUAGUAAUUGGAGUGUUGACAGCAUGCUUCAGUUACACCACCAAGCAAUGCAGCUCAGAGAGCUGUAGCAGCAGUUCAGGCCUUAUCUGAAAUAAGGAAUCUCUCCUGCUUACUCCACCCACAUUAGCUUUCUUAGCCUUGUUUAUGCUGCUUCCUUUCCUCAGUACCACUUCCCUGGGAGCCCUUCCUUUCUACAGCUAAGCUGCUCUCUCCAGGGCUCCCCACUGCAACCUAGGAGUGCUAUUCAACAUCAGCUAGACAGAACAUCUCACCAGAGGAAAUACUGGGCCAGAGGUAGUCAUGGUGUCCAUGAGGCAGAGGAACAGAGGCCAUGCUGCAUGUCAGCUCUGGUGAGCUGGUGGAACCUGUCAAACAUGUGUAAGCUCCAGGCAUGGGACUAGGAAUGGGAGAGCUGUGCUGGUUUCUGCUUCCUCCCUGUUCCUUGCUAGCUCAUGGUCCAGUCUCUUAACUUCAUGUCAGGGGUGCAAGCAGGAUGGUGACUAAAGCACUUUGAGCUAUAAGGCUCAGACAUGCUCUGUGUUGCAGUUAUUUAUGUACAUGGAAGCUACCAAGCCAUGGGCUUGCAGAAUUAAGAGGUAGCUUGGCACUUCUUUGGGAAAAUAGUAGUGAAAACUCUGCUUUUGAGGAUACCACUGUAAACUGAA